ACCCAUAAUCAAAUAAAUAUUUUAUUAAAGUCCACAAAGAGCUGCUUUUUCCGCCAGAGGGCGCAAUCCCCAAAUCGAUACUCAACCCCAGCCUCCAAAAUGUGCAAAACCCCAUCGAUGACCCUGUUGAUCCUGCUGCCAGUCCUGUUUUUCGGGAGCUCGGCUCGCUUCCUCAGCAGGAGGAGCAUCUCCGACCGCUCAGUCAGCGGCUAUUUGACCGAGAGGACUUGCUGGUGGAACGAGGUGUGCAAGGAAGAGUUCCAGAGCCAGUUCCGGUGCAAGUGCCCGGAGUGGUCCUUCUGCCGGGCUCCGGGCCGGUAUUACAACGCGUUCUGCUCGAUGACCGCCACGGGGUACAUCUGGAUGCAGCCGGGGAUUAGGGAUGGAUAGCAGUUAAGGAGUCGUCGGGCGAAGCACAAAACCGACGACAGGAUUCGAAUUCCGAAAUUGCCAGCUUUGGCUUAACUAGUCGAGUGACAAGUUGAUAAGAUAAAAUAUGUGAAUACUGUUAUUGUUUGGUUCGUUAUUUAUGAGGGAGCGAGGGAAUAUUGACUUUUAUUACAAAAAGAAAAGUACUUCCGGCUUGUAAUUCUCCUUCGUGCUAGUUUAAUGUAUAAGUUGUGUCACCUCUAUUUUUAUGUUUAUUGAUCCAGAAGACAUUAAUACACAAUUACUUACUACUUGUUAUUUGGUUUUUUGCUAGGUUUAGAAACACGAUCUUUUUGUAGGAACUUGUAUUUUGUAUUAUCUUAAGGACUGACAAAUUAAGAAAAUAAACCAUAAGUUAAGA